CAAUACAGUGACCAAGCACGAGAGCGCAACACACACCCCUAACUCUAAUCGCAAGCAUCUCGAUUCCGGGAAGUCCUGCAACACCUCGAACCCUCGGCCACUUUCCCACCUUCACUGAUCAAAACACGGACACUAAGGGCCUUCUCUCCGUUUUUAAAGUGGACCUAACACCGCCUUACUUUCUUGACAUGGGAGACAUGGGGGAUCCACCAAAAAAAAAGCGUCUAAUCUCGCUGUGUGUCGGCUGUGGGAAUCAAAUUCAUGACCAGUAUAUUUUGCGGGUGUCCCCGGACCUGGAGUGGCACGCGGCGUGUUUGAAAUGUGCAGAAUGUAAUCAGUAUCUAGACGAGUCCUGUACGUGUUUUGUCCGAGAUGGAAAAACUUACUGUAAACGGGACUACAUAAGGUUAUACGGCAUUAAAUGUGCUAAGUGCAACAUCGGUUUCAGCAAGAAUGACUUUGUGAUGAGAGCACGCUCGAAGGUGUAUCAUAUUGAGUGUUUUAGAUGUGUGGCGUGUAGUCGGCAGCUCAUCCCAGGAGAUGAAUUCGCUCUGCGGGAAGAUGGACUCUUCUGCAGGGCCGACCACGACGUAGUGGAGCGGGCAACAAUGGGUGCUGGUGACCCAUUAAGCCCAUUACAUCCGGCGAGACCUUUACAAAUGGCAGCAGAGCCCAUUUCGGCACGUCAGCCUGCGCUCCGACCGCAUGUGCACAAGCAACCCGAGAAAACAACCCGCGUCCGGACAGUCCUUAACGAAAAACAGCUCCAUACAUUGAGGACUUGUUACAAUGCCAACCCUCGACCCGAUGCUCUUAUGAAAGAGCAGCUCGUUGAAAUGACGGGUCUCAGCCCGAGAGUCAUCAGGGUUUGGUUUCAAAACAAGCGCUGCAAGGACAAAAAGCGGAGUAUACUAAUGAAACAACUUCAGCAGCAGCAACCCAACGACAAAACGAACAUCCAGGGGAUGACAGGAACUCCAAUGGUGGCAACCAGUCCAGAGAGACAUGACGGUGGUUUGCAGGCAAACCAAGUGGAGGUGCAGAGUUACCAACCGCCUUGGAAAGUCCUGAGUGACUUCGCACUGCAGAGUGACAUCGACCAGCCUGCUUUCCAGCAACUGGUGAAUUUUUCUGAAGGAGGUCCUGGCUCAAACUCCACAGGAAGCGAGGUCGCCUCGAUGUCCUCGCAACUGCCAGAUACACCGAACAGUAUGGUAGCGAGUCCAAUAGAGGCCUAGGCGAACGGAUUAUCUCCUGCACCAGAAGUUUAGGAAAGAAUGCGUCGGGAAACCAAUCUCAGAGAGGGGGUCGAUCGUGAAGUUUCUUCCAUCCCUGUUUCAUGUAGGGCCACGCCUGAAUAAAACCCAUCCUACAACUGCACGAGGCCUCUAUAUCGAAACAACCUUUGGUUGUAUUUAUACACUGUGAUGACAAUCGUGGGAUUUAAACACACUCAGCUGUACCGAGCAAGUCCAACGAGUGUCGCGAAAAGACCCUUCAGAAGUACAUUGUCGUUGAUGAGAAGUUGCAAACUUCAGCGAAAGUGGACACAGACGGUGCACGCAUCCACAUGACCAUUGCAGUGCUCCGCGGCCGAGUGGACCUACACUUUUGCCAAAAACCCAUUCGUAUCUUUUCCCACUUUUUAUGACAAAUCAAAGGACCUCUACGGAUUUAAGACGCAAAUGAACGUAGUCUAAUAUACAUUCAUAUACCUACUUUUGUGCGCAACGUGAGUAGCCUAUAAAGAACCCAUGACUGUUUAUUCUGUUUCUAUUAAAUAGAUAAAAUGGACUAUAGUUCACAAAUAAGACGUUUUAAAGAGGUUAUGGGCACCUGGGUCAACUGCGAUUAGAGAGUUUUGUUAUAUGGUCUCUUUUCAAGUCCAAGUACUAAAGCAUUGCAACAAGGUAUACCUCUCUUUUGCCACAAGCUGUGUGGGAAUUUCAUGUGUUCGUGUCCGUCCAAGAACGUUUUCUUUCCCAAAGAUGUGUAUAGGUUUAAGUUAAUAUGACUGAUUAGCUCUGGAGGCUUCUUUUUGUUCCUGUACCACAAAAUAUUUUAUUAUUUAUUGUCGAGACAUGCCACUUUUGUGAACUUUUACUUGCUGAAGUAAAAAAGAGGA